AUGGUGCGCGAUCCUCAAUUCUGGAAACGUUUCAGCGUGGCGGUGCACCAAGAUGACCUUGAAAAGACAAUUCAGGACCCCAAGCAACCGUACGUCCAAAGUUCCCUGUCUUCCCCUUCGCACUCGCCCCUCGGAUCCCCCACUUCCCAAUCACACCUAAGCCCUGCUUUCCCGCCCAUGGUCCAACUCCCGUCCGUACGGUCGUCCUUUGUUACAUCGCCCCUAUCCCAAUCUUCGGGAGAGGCAUCUGCGAGCCAGAUACCGCGGGAGAAGAAACAACGCUCUCGUACCAAACUCCAAAAGACGAAUUCGACCAAACCACUAUUGCGACCGACCAUCUCUGUCCAAGAGAAUCCCUCGAACAGAGAUGGGGAUGACCUUGCCCCACCUCAAAGAUCACUGUCCCCCCUUCCUGCAUCACCAUCACGCUCCUUCUUCCGCACCCCCAACCUCUCUACACUUUCCCUCAGCCUAUCCGGUCGUCCGCAAUCACGCUUCAACUUCGUGACGACGAUCACGGCUGACGCGUCACAUAGAGAUUCAUGGCUCGCUAAGCAGCAACGCAAAGCCAAGCAGCGAACAUGGAUCUGCUGGUGUUUCUGGAUGAUCUUUCUGCUGCUGGUUGCAGGCGUUGUAGUCACUGUGCUGGUGUUGAAAGCGCACAAUAUUAUCUGA